AUGAAGCAUGGGAAAGCGUUUCACAACCGGUUCGCGCAGCUCACUGUGUUUGAAGCGGAGGUUCGGCACGGACCGGAGCUUUGGGCCGAAGCAGAGGCUCGGCGCGAGGCUGCUGGGGGAACGACAGGCGGAGAGAGCAGCGGAAAGGCCGCAGGAGAAGGGGGAACGGCUGGAGGAUCGGGCGGAGACGGCGGAAAUGGGGGCCAGCAAGGUAGACAGCAAGGGGAGCCGAAAGGGGGACAGCAGCAAGGGGGGCAGGCGCAAGGGGACCAGCAGCAAGUGGGGCAGAACCAAGGGGACCAGCAGCAAGUGGGGCAGAACCAAGGGAUCCCCGGGGGUGCAGAACCGACGAAAACGACUCUGCGGCUGCUGUCGUUUCUGGAGGACGACGAUUCGAUCCGCAAGUCGCAGUGGCAGGGGUGGGGCGAGGCGGAAUACAGCGACCUCUUCACUCCGAGCGUGUUUAAGGUGCAGUGCCACGUGUGGCCCACGCACGACGCUUAUAUGCAGACGCUCGAGCCUGCUUAUAUCGUGGACGCGGUCGCCAAUAACAGCUAUCUUUGGCAUAACAUUAUCGAGUGCCCACUGCCACCAUACACCGAGCUUAUGACUGGUAAUGAGACCGUUUCAAGUGAACCAGCCAGCUCUGCUGGUCCUCUCUCUGAUCCGUCUGCGGCUCCUGCGUCUGUGACCGGUCGAGAGCGGUUGGGAACGGCGGACGGGAGAAAGUGGGCGGUGCAUCACUGGCAGCAGGUGCAGGUGCAGCUGGUGGCAGCAGAGGAUGGGGCAGACCUACGCAUGCCCCCGCUGCUGCUGUGCCGCGCCGACAAUGACAAACACACCCUUGCAUCCUCCCCGCUCUCCCUCUCCCUCACGUCCUCUCAUCACACUGCUGCUGCUGCUACUUCUGCUGUUGCGGCCCAGCCCUUCCCUGUCUCUUUCCCUCCGCCGUUUCCGUUUGCAGCAAAGGAAAAGGAAUUGGCUGCUCUGGCUGUCGCCGGGGCCGCUGCUGAGGCUGCUACUGCUGCUGCUGCGAAGGGUGCAAAGGGUCGCUCUGGCGGUUCGGCAGGCUCAAAGGCCGCUGUAGGCUUGGGAAGUGGUUCGGAGCUGGUUCGGUUUUUGGCCGAGGCGGAGCAAGGGGCGAACAGCACAGAUAAAGCCUCUGGUGGGAAAAUGCUUAGUUCCAAGGACCUGCUUGUGAACUAUGAGGAUGCAGCUACAAACGAGGAUGAGAAAAACAGUAGCAGCAGCAGCAGCAGCAGCAGCAGCAGCAGGAGUGCGGGCAUGGGAGCAGUGAGCAUCUGCCUGCGCCCCGUGCACAAGCGCCAAAUGUUCUCCGAUAAUAUCGCCGUAUCCGACGUGCGCUUACUCGAGUGGAUCGAUGCGUGUCUGCUGAUGGGAGUGGAUCGCAUCUAUGUGUACGACCGCUACUCCACGCACAUACGCGCGCUGCUGUGGGAGUAUAUUGCCCGAGGGCAGGUGGUGCACGUGCCGUUCCCCAAUUGGAGCGAGGUGUUCUUUAGGCAAGCGCAGUACGACGGCAAGGCCAAGAAGCCCUACGCGUUCCCGGACAUAUACGACCAAGUAAUAGCGUUCGAGCACUGCAUGAUGCUGGGGCGGAGGUUUGGCGACAGGUGGCAGCUGCAGAUAGACAGUGACGAGUUCAUCUGGUACCACCCCCAGGCAGGGGGGUUCUUGAAGCCGCUGCUAGCCAGGAUAGAGGUCAACCACGCCAAUGCUCCAGGCAGCAAGGAGCCUCUCCGGGCUUGGGGGUUCCUGAAGCCGCUGCUAGCCAGGAUAGAGGUCAACCACGCCAAGGCACCAGGCAGCAAGCAGCCUCUCCGGGGAGCAGUACACAGGUGGCAGCUGCAGAUAGAUAGUGACGAGUUCAUCUGGUACCACCCGCGGGCCGGGGGUUUCCUCAAGCCGCUGCUAGCCAGGAUAGAGGUCAACCACGCCAAGGCACCAGGCUGCAAGCAACCACUCCGUGCGAUUCUGAUGAGGAGGUUCAACUUCUGGGGAGUGAAGAAGGAGUCACGAGGGGAUCCGGUGUCUGACAGGCUGCAGUGGCGAUGCAGUGAGCCCAUGUGGCACACCAAGACGUGGGUCGGCUGGCACGACAAGGUGGCCGUCAAUCCCCAGACGAUUCUUCCAUAG